AUGGCUUGCACCUACAGCGCCACCGGCCUCACUGUUUUCUCAGCCAAUCCUGCAGACCACCUGGUGCACCGCAUGACACAUCGAGUGGUCCGAGGGACUCUGCUUGCUGUCGGGCGUCCUGAUGGGCGGCUCACCGCUCUCAGCACAGCGGAGCAGUCAGUCUGCAUGGCCGUCAGCCAGGCGAGCUCAAUCCAGUCCCUGGGAGCCACUUGCGAGAGCGUCACCAUUGGCCACAAUCCACAUUCUUUGCCUCUCACUGCUCGCGCAGUAUUCCUGGAGGAUGCCCGCCCGCGCUAUCUCUGCGAGCACCUACUCUCCCACCACCAAACUAAGUUGCAAGGUGGCUCUGCCGUCUCCAUCCUGGGAGCCUUCCAAAACUUGGCAGCGGAAGAUGCACAG